AUGAGGGUGUCUCUGGUCUAUACCGGGGUCUAUCAGCAGGCUUGCUUCGUCAAUAAUGUAGUGACUUACGGAUCCACAAGAUUCGCCAUCUACGAGUCCAUCAAGGAACAGUCUUCGAAACAUGGGGGUGGUCCAGCCCCCAUAACCAUCCUCCUACCAGGUGCCUUUCUAUCCGGCGCAUGCGGUGCCCUCGUCGGAAAUCCGGCCGAUCUUGCCAACGUGCGCAUGCAAAACGACCGGUCCCUUCCGCCGUCUCUUCGACAGAACUACCGCUCGGUAUUUGACGUUCUUGUUCGCGUCGCAAAGACAGAUGGUCUCCAAGGCUACCUCCGCGGUGUCUUUCCCAACGCUAUUCGGGCCGGUGCCAUGACGGGCUGUCAACUUGCCUCCUACGAUGGUAUUAAGCAGUCUUUGAUAGACAACUUCAGUCUCAAGGAUGGUGCACCAACACAACUGCUAGCUUCACUUCUGGCAGGCCUCUUAGCCACAACGAUAUGCAGCCCCAUCGAUGUCAUCAAGACACGCACCAUGAGUCAGGGAGGUUCAAGUUCAAUUAUCGGAAUGAUGACAGAAUUAACGAGAUCUGAGGGGUUGAGAUGGGCUUUCAGGGGGUGGUUACCCAGUUUUGCGCGGUUAGGGCCGCAUACAGCUGCGACACUGUUGAUUCUGGAGCAGCAUCGGCAUUUGUAUCGAGAGUAUAUAUCUCGAGGAAUAAAGCAGGAUGCGCUAUUGUAG